AUGAAGUUUUCGCACUCGCUGAAGUACAAUGCGGUCCCUGACUGGCAGGAACACUACCUGAACUAUUCGCAGCUCAAAAAGCUUAUUUACUCGCUGCAGGCGCAGGACUUGCAGGUGGUGGAUGAGGGCGGCCGCGUGGACACGGAGCGGUUGAACGCGCUGGAGGGAUCGUCCAAAGCGCUCAAGAAGCUCAAAGGCAAGUUCCAGCUGGGGAGGAGCGGCAAGAACGGCAAGGGCAGGAAGGCCGGGGAGGGCGACGCCGAUGCGGAGGGAGACGUGCAGGUCGAGACGUUCGAGCUGAGCGACAUAAAGAAGAAAUCUGCGCAAAACAAGCUGCAGGCGCUUGUUGACUUCGACCGCCGGUCCUCCCUUUCCAGCGACAGGACGCUUUUCAACCCACAGGACACCUUUCUCAGCAAGCUGAUCGAUGAGAGGUCCAAGAUUGAUGACUUUUACAAGAAGCUCGAGGCGCAGCUCUACGGCCGCUUUGCCACGGUGGUGUCGGAUCUCCAGAAGUCUGGAGCUCUGGUGGACACCCACUCCAGACCGCACGGCGGCGACGGCGAUGGCGGCGACCACGAGUCAUUCGAGCUGCGCACCCAGCCGGAACAUCAGUUGCGCAGGCGCGAGUCCUUGGCCUCUAAGCGCACAACAAAUGACUCCCUGGCUCCAGGACGCGCGUCGCAGCCCGAGGACGACGAGGAAGAAGACGAGGAAGAGGAAUUUGACGAGCACACUCAUGAAAAUACGGCCCUGCUGAACUACUCCGACUUCAACGUCAAAAGCCAGAAGAAAGCCAUCAUAAAGAAGAAUCUGAUUGACCUCUACGUCGAUCUGGUCCAGCUCAAGUCAUUCAUCGAGCUCAACCGUAUUGGGUUCUUUAAAAUCACCAAGAAGUUCGACAAAACCUUGGAAUGCAAUGUGAGAAAUGAGCUCAUCGAGUCCGGUGAGUUCUUCAAGGACACCUACGUUUUCCAGCCCCUGACGCUCGAAGUGCUGGACUCUAAAAUCACAAAGGUUAUUGAGUUUUACGCCUUUAUUACCAACGCGGACCUGGCUCUGUGCAAGGAAGAGCUGAGAUCCUACUUGCGCGACUUCAUUGUGUGGGAAAGAAACACAGUGUGGAAAGAUAUGCUUGGACUGGAGUCUCAAAACAACACGAUCGCUUCCGCUGGCAGACCUAACGCUAAAGGCGAUAUUGGCGCUUUGGAAAGCAACACACAUCUUGAAUAUCGCACCUGGAAUCUGCCAAAGCCAAUUAAAUGCCGCUACUUCACCUGGAGCUGCAUAAAAGUCCCCCAAUUAUUCUUCACACUAAAAGCCCUAAAACUGUACAUUAUCAUUGCCUGCACCAUUAUUUUGUUGGCGGUACCAACAUUCAAUGACGAGGCUCAACACCGCUGCAUGGCCCUUGUUGCGUGUGUAGCAUUUUUAUGGGCAUCCGAAGCUUUGCCGCUGUUCGUCACGGCAUUGUUAGUGCCCCUGCUGGUGGUCUUGUUCCGCGUUAUGAAGAGCGAUGGGAAAGUAAUGAACGCAGCCGACGCCUCCAGCACCAUUUUGGCUAAAAUGUGGUCCUCGACUAUCAUGGUUCUUCUCGCUGGUUUCACUUUGGCAGCAGCAUUGUCAAAGUACAACAUCGCUAGAGUCUUAGCAUCUUAUCUUCUAACCUUUGCUGGUACUAAGCCUAGGAACGUGCUUCUCAUGAUUAUGGGAGUUUGCUUCUUCUUGUCCAUGUGGAUCUCGAACGUGGCAGCUCCUGUGUUGACCUACUCCUUAAUACAGCCUGUUUUGAAAUCCUUAGGAUAUGAAUCUCCCUUCGCGAAGGCUAUUGUAUUAGGCGUCGCACUUUCUGCCAAUGUCGGUGGUAUGGCCUCUCCCAUUGCCUCCCCUCAGAACAUUAUUGCAAUGGAUUACCUGAAGGAUUACAAUGUUGGGUGGGGCCAGUUUUUUGCCAUCGCUUUACCUUCAAGUUUUCUUGCUAUGUUGACGAUCUGGCUCCUACUGUUAUGCACGUUCAAAAUCAACGGAACUCAGCUCAAGAAGUACACUCCUAUCAAGGAAAAGUUCACACUAAAGCAGUACUACAUCAUGGUCGUGACUUUGGCUACCAUUUUGCUUUGGUGUGUGUUGAGCAAGCUGGAAAAUGUGUUUGGGUCAUCUGGCCAAAUCGCUGUUAUUCCUAUUGUCCUGUUCUUUGGGACGGGCUUACUUGGAACUCAGGACAUCAACAACUUUCCUUGGGCUAUUGUGAUUCUGGCAAUGGGAGGUAUCGCGCUUGGUGGUGCUGUGUCAUCUUCAGGUUUGCUGACUACAAUUGCCGGUGCUUUACAAAGGAGAGUCAUGGAUUUCCCACUGUACGCAGUCAUGGCCAUUUUCGGUAUCGUGAUGCUGGUGGUUGGCACUUUCGUAUCGCACACAGUUUCAGCCAUUAUCAUCAUUCCAUUGAUGCAGGAAGUAGGCGACAAGUUGCCAGGUGCUAAAUCCGCACCAAUUUUAGUCUUCGCAUGCACGCUUUUGUCGUCGUGUGGUAUGGGUCUGGCAUCUUCAGGGUUUCCUAAUGUCACUGCGAUAUCGAUGACAGAUGAAGUCGGAAACAGAUAUUUGACAGUAAACAAUUUCAUUACUCGAGGCGUGCCAGCGUCAUUUUUGGCCUUCAUCUGUGUGAUAACAUUAGGGUUUGGCAUCAUGAACUCGGUUCUCAAAGGAGUUUAA